AUGUACCUUCUCCACAUGCACCCUCACCACAUGUACCCUCUCCACAUGUAUGCUCUCCACAUGUACCCUCUCCACAUGUACCCUCUCCACAUGCACCCUCACCACAUGUACCCUCUCCACAUGAACCCUCUCCACAUGUACCCUCACCCUAUGUACCCCCUCCACAUGUACCUUCUCCACAUGUACCCUCUCCACAUGUACCCUCUCCACAUGUAUGCUCUCCACAUGUACCCUCUCCACAUGUAUGCUCUCCACAUGUACCCUCUCCACAUGUAA